AUGUCGGCUCCCCAGAAGUGGCAGAACCCCUACUCCGGCGUCAUCAGGCCUGAUGCCGUCGCUGUUCAUCCACGCGCCGCCACGCCCUCCGAGGACAACAACACUCGGGCCCCCACGGGCCAGGCCUCCCGCUCACGAGAUAACCGAUCCCACAACGGCCGGUCCAACCGCCCUGACAAGGGUAAAGGACGUGCUGUCCGCUCGUCGGACCAAAAGCGGAAGCGGGUUGACGGCGACGUCGACGGCGAGGCUUUCCGGGCCUCGGCUGAUGACCACCGGCGUCGCCAGCGUGACCUCCAAUCUGGAGGUCAAUCCUCUCGGUCUGGUCGAGGGUCCUCUAGCCGGCCCUAUCACGGGUCUGGCUAUGACCAAGAGUCCUCUGGCCGGCCCUCUCGCGGGUCUGGUUACGAUGGCCGAGAGUCAUCUGGCCGGCCCUCUCAAGGGCCUCGCAACGAUGACAGGCCCAAUAACAAGCGGUCCGCCGAGGACCAUGAGAACCGCGGGGCGCCCAAGAGACGCCGAAACAACACGGGAGAAGUUAGUCGGGCCUUGACGAUGCAGGGCGGCGUCGAAACGACCAUCUCCGCGGAGCAUGGCAUGGGGGUCACCGCAGGCGACCGGGAGCUGGAUACGUUUUCGGGUGUGGACCAUGGCAACAAUAGUAAGAACUUUGUUUCAGUCAGUGCUCCGGCCAGCACGCCCAACCUUGAACAGAAGCUUCAUUCCCUCCUCGCCAGAAUGGGCGUGGGCGAAAUGGCCAACAAGCUCCCGGAGCCGAGCAAAGUCUGGAUUAAUUUGUGUCUUCAAAUUCGGACCGAUGAUCCCAGUCCUAUUCCUGACAUACACGCCCUUGGUGAUAUGGCGAUAGAGAGCGAUCUUGCGCGAUACACAGCCCUUCAACGGCAGACCAGCGAGUUCAAAAAUACGCCUUACAAGUAUACAUGCGGCAACUGCGAUAUGCUUGGGCACACUGUCAUGCAGUGUGUCAAAUUCACGCCCGACGGCGACGUCGAUGCAUGCCCGUUGCAUAACACGCGAGAGCACUCGGUCGACGACUGCGCAGAUUUCUGCCGAGCAAGCAGCGGCGAGCAGUUUCAGCUACUCGUAGCCAACAGGUCCGGCCUGUGGCCCAUCCGCUCGAGCGAUGUAUGCUGGACGGAUCUUGCCCGCAGGUUCCCAGCCCUCGACAAGCCGUACCCCACUACGUACUUCGAGGCUCGGCGGUACCACAACUUCUGUCAGGGCAACGCCGACAUGUGGCGAACUUGGGACUACUCGAGGCAACCCCAGGCCUGCAUGGUAGACGCUGCGACAGCGACCAAGUCAGCAAUCAAGAAAAAUCGAGGGCUGCGAGAGUGCUAUCGUCCCCUGCCAGAGAUGCUGGACUACGAGGAGAGACUCCAUUGCCCUCCCAAGUCCACCGAGAUGAAGACAAAUCCCCAGCAGGGUGACACGCAGUUGAGCGCCGAGGGCAAUGCCCAAGAGACCAGGGACGACGCCCAGGCAAACGCGAUUACGGACAACACCGGGACAAAAGCGCGCCCGGAAGUUGAAAUGGAGGGCGGGAUUGGGGCAUUCUUCGAGUACACCGAUGAGGACGACAGUGACGAUACAUAA